GCAGGCCAGGCGGGUGCAAGCGAGCUGCGUGCGGGCGGGCGGGGCCAUUCCCCGAGGAGUGCGGUGCGGUGCGGUGCGGUGCGGACGGCGGAGCCAUGGGGAAGGCAGUUGCGCUGGUGGCCCUGGUGGCCCUGGUGGCCCUGUUCGGGCUGUCACAGGCAGGCGUGACACCCAAGGUGCAGGUGUACUCCCGCUUCCCCGCCUCCGUGGGCACCAAGAACGUCCUCAACUGCUUCGUGGAGGGCUUCCACCCACCCAGGAUCACCAUCACGCUGAUGAAGGAUGGCGUGCCCAUGGAGGGCGCCCAGUACUCCGACAUGUCCUUCAAGGACGACUGGACCUUCCAGCGCCUGGUGCACGCCGACUUCACACCCAGCAGCGAAGCCGUCUACACCUGCAAGGUGGAGCACGAGACCUUCAAGGAGCCGCAGGUCUUCAAGUGGGAUCCUGAGUACUGAGCCGUGCCCGGGAUGAGCGUGGUCUGAAGAAUCCCACAUGCCAAGUUGAAAUGAGCUUAAGCUUCUGUCCUUUCUUUGCGUCACACUUCCGGGUAGGAUGGCAGAGCAAGUGCCUUCAUCGUGGAAUUGCUUCUCUUUAGGAUGCUCUCCCCUAGGGUUACCAGCAGCAGUCUGAACUCCAUGUUGUGUUCCUGGUUUUCUUCGCUGUGGUAUUAAAGCUCUGAGGGAUUAAGAUACAAGGAAAAGUGUGCAGGGGGGAGGGGGUGUCUUGCAGCCUUCAGGCGUGUAGCAGAUUUUUUGCUAAUACAGAGAUGUGGUUGAAGAUAGCCUGACCUGUUGCUUAGGAUGAAGGGAGAUGCAAAACAAGCUAAUUGGGAUUGGAAAUGCGAAAAUUUGUAAUGCAAAUUCACACCUUCAAAAUUUGUGCAUAACUGUCCCCCAGAAAAGGAACGUAAUUAAUAGCAAUAAAUAAAUAAACCCGACUCUGUAACAGCUGUUCUCCAUAAAUGAUUGCUGGAGCCUGUGUUAAAAUAUCUUUGACUUAAAGCAGUAAUUCUGUAUAGGCUUAAUGGAGCAUGUAGCUCUCAGUACCUGCUCUACCAAUUAAAUCUGUUGGAGCUCUUCA